AUGGCGCUGCCGGCGGAGGCCGAGUCCCGCCUGUACCGGGCGCUGCGGGCCGCCUCGGGCGCCGCCGCCCACGCCGUGGCGCUCGGCUUCCCCGCCGCCGUGGCGCUGCCGGCGCGGCCGGGCUCCAGCCUCUUCUCCUGGCACCCGCUGCUCAUGGCGCUCGCGUUCUCCUUCCUGAUGACGGAGGCCCUGCUCGUCUUCUCCCCGGAGAGCUCCCCGCUCCGCGCCUUCUCCCGCAAAGUCAAGGUGCGGGUGCACUGGGCCCUCCAGCUGCUCUCGCUCCUCUGCGCCCUCCUGGGGCUCGGCAUCAUCAGCUACAACAAGCACCUGAACGGCAAGGCGCACUUCGCCACCUGGCACGGCCUGACGGGGCUGCUGGCCGUGCUGUACGCCAGCGGGCAGUGUUUGGGGGGGGUGCUCCUCCUCUACCCCAAGCUGGUGAAGAACUGGACGCUGGCCAAGCUGAAGCUGUACCACGCAACCUCGGGGCUCGUCGGGUACCUCUUGGGCUGUGCCAGCCUGAUGCUGGGCAUGUGCUCCUUGUGGUUUACCACCUCGGUGACCGGCAUCUCCUGGUACCUCUUGAUGCUGUGUCCCAUUCUCACUAGCCUGGUUAUCAUGAACCAGGUAAGCAACGCUUACCUGUACCGCAAACGGAGCCAGCACUGAAGGCCUGGUGUGGAUCCAGGCUUUCCUUGUGCGAUCCAGCAGGGCCAGGGCUCUGUGGGCUGCUGGACCUGGGAAGCUUCCCGGGGCGGGGGGGUUUCCUACUUGCAGUCUCAGUGCUCUCCUCGGAACUAGAUUUCUACCUACCCCUCUGUCAUUAGUCCUAGAGUGUAGUGUCAACCCUGGUCUCAGGAAGCAGCUGCGAUGCGCAUAACUCAUGAGACAGGCACGAGCUGCCUGGCCUGUGCCCACCUUGAUGGUGAACAGUCUGCCAGUGCAGGUAACUGCUGGUCCCUGCGACGGCUUGCUGCUUGGCAGAGGACUGCUCGCCUGCCCUGACGCUGGGAACCGGAGGGCUAAUGACACCCGUCGCUCGGGACGUCUUCCCGUUUCUUCUUCCCCUACACGGCAGGUUUGUUUUGGAGCGGGCAGGCAAUCUAGGAGCCGUCACAUUCCUCAGGGAGCCCCUGCUCGCCUGGGGCUGCGGGCUGCCCGCUUGCCGCGGGGGGCGGCUGAGCAGAGCUGCGGCAGCUCGCAGCCCUGCGGCCGGAGGGGGCGAUGGCCGCAGCGGGCACGCACCCCGCUGCGAUGGCGGCGGCCCUGGCAGAAGAGCAGCGCAGGGCUGGUGGUUCUGUGCAGGAAGCCGCCGGGCUGAGCUGCGAACCAGCAGUCUGCUGAGGCUGGGUCUGUCCCCGCGGCUGGUACCCCCUCUGGGCCCAGCAGCCCGGCUCUGCUGCAUCGCUGGCCGAGCCAGGAAAAGCGUGAGCGCGGGAGGGAGCAGCAGGGCGCCUCUGCUGGCACGGGGGUGGCAGGGAGCUCUCCCCGGCCGAGCAGGGGCUGGAGUAGCCCUGGGGCUCCCUGCAAGGGGGGAGCCCGCCCUGCCAGCCCCCCGCCCCGGCUGGCGGUGCUGCCCUGUGCCUUGGCAGAGCUCCCCUCGCAGCGGGGUGGUGCCGCGCGCUCCUCCGGUGCGGCUCGAGGAGCCGAUACUCGGUGCUCAGCACUCCCCUAGGAGAUGAGUCGCGGAGCCCGGCCACAAAGCGGCCGCGUGGAAGGCGGAAAGCAGCCUCGCCCUGCCUCGCCUGGCCUGCUGGGCACCCGCAGGCCAGCGCGGCGGGGCCCCGCUCCCGCACAGCGCCUCCUCGCCGGCCGGGCAGGCACCGCGAGGCUCCGUCCGCAGGCAGGGUCGAGUGCUGGCUGCCCGGCCCGCGAUGCUGCGCUGCAGCGGCCCCAGGGCUCCUGCCUCGAUGCGAUCCCGUGCUCUCUGCAGGGCUGGAGAGCUGGGAGCAGCUUCCCCGGCUGGGAAAUUCCUCUGUAUCCAGAGCUUUUAUUCAAUAAAGAUUUCAGGCAGCUACA